AACGGGCUGUCCGCUCAAGAAACGGGCCUUCCGACGUGUAACCUAAGUACCUUAUUCAAAAUACUUACUUAUUAGUAAAGCCCACGCAUGUGCCUAUGGGCAGAUCUCCCCUUUGCGCUACAACCCUAGAUCCCAACUACCUACCCCGCGUCUGACAGAGGCAAUCAUCACCUUCACUUCAUUUAGGACCAUUCCAGCUCGUAACCCUGUCAACAUCUCGGCUUUCAACAUCCAAGAAAUCGUAACAUACUAUCUACGCCAUGCCAUACUCAUUACAGAACCGCAACGUGCUCGUCACCGCAGGCUCGAGAGGACUAGGUGCUCUCGUUGCACAGAAAUUUGCCGCUCAAGGCAGCAAUGUUGCGAUCAAUUACUUCUCCAGCGCGGAUGCGGCUGAGAAAAUCGCCGCAGAUAUCCGGGAGCAGUAUAACGUGAAGGCGAUAACGAUUAAGGGUGAUGCGAGUCUCAAGGCCGAUUGUGAGAAUAUGGUUCAGACUACCAUUGAACAGCUUGGGGGAUUGGAUGUUCUCGUUUCGAAUGCUGGCUGGACUAAAAUCACCAGCUUCGGCGACUUGGAUGCUAUGGGUGAGGAGGACUGGGAUCUGUGCUGGUCUGCCAAUGUGAAGGGCCACCUGUGGCUUUUCAAAGCCGCUCUGCCCACUUUCAGGGCCAAUGCCGAUGGUGGUGUCUUCUUGCUCACUUCAUCAGCCGCGGCUGUUUCGGCAACCGGAAGUAGCCUGCCAUACUCAGUCACAAAAGCAGCAGGCUUGCACUUGGUGAAAUGUCUCGCCCAGACUCAAGGUAAUAAGGUUCGCGUCAACGCAGUCCUACCAGGUCUGCUUCUCACCGACUGGGGUUUGCGGUUCCCCAAGGAGAAGAUCGAGCUUUAUAAAUCUGCCACCCCUCUGAAUACCCUGCCCGAAGUGGAAGAUACAGCCGAGGCGUAUAUUACAUUAGCCAGGAACUCAUCCGUGACAGGACAGGCAAUGCAGAUAGAUUCGGGAUUCGUGAUAAACUACUAAGCUAAAAAAAAAAGGUUAUAAUUAGAUUGAAAACAAUGAGCCUAAUAGUAUUAAGAUUUCACUAGAAAUGG